AUGUCUUGCUUCGGUUCACGGUCUAGCUUUCUCCUUGAAUUGGAAUUCCUCAUCCAGAAGCAUUUCGUAGUCGUCACCUACCAACUAGAACCUGAGUUCGAAGUGACAGCAAGAGUAUAUCUCGUCCCAUAUGACUUGUCCAACGUGAAAGGCAGCCUCAGGAAACGACCUACGACGGUGCUCAACCCAGCCAGACGUUACCUCAAAACUCUCAUACCAAUGCUUUCUUUAAAUCCAGUGCACUGGAAUUUCGGGUGUACGGAUGAGGCUAUGAGACCUUUCCAUGAACCCCCCAUUCAAUGUACUCUCGCCCAAAUAUACAGCAACCUUCCAUCACCCAAUCCACAGCUUACAGGGCCAUCGACGGGAACUAUCCCCAAGUUAUUAGACUUCAGCUUUGACAUAGAAGAAACGCUGGGGCUUCGAAGCCGUUUAUACCAGUAUCAGCGGGAAACCGUCGCACGAUUGAUUCAACGAGAGGGUGGCAAAGCCUCCAUCCCCGAUCCCCUAUAUGUCCCCAUAAAAAGCGUAACAGGUACCAUAUUCUUCUUCCAACCUGGGACAUAUGAAGUGCUUCAAGAGCGUCCGAUGGUAGUGCCAACCACAGGAGGCAUUCUGUGCGAGGAACUAGGAACCGGGAAAACGAUUAUGAUUCUGGCGCUGAUUCUCGCUACUCGUCACGAACUCAGUACACCUGAAGAAUCCAUAACCGAUGUUCGCCCCAUCCUGACAUCCACGGCACUAAGGUACUUUCCAUCGGCCCCGUACGACCAAAUAAGGCAACGAUGCGGCAGAGAUCGACACGCACUUAACGACGAUGAUCCUGCAAUACGAGUCCCUUCUCUUGUCGAGCUCCUUAUCCAUGUCAGCCGUACGAGUCCGCAACCAGCAACACGCUACAACGAGGCUUUGGAAUCGGCCGGCUUAAAUAAACUCAUUCGCGCCACUGUGCCAUUCUACCACCAUUAUCUAGGCGACCCGACUGCGUACGAACGUGCACGACGGGACCAGAGUCGCCCAGCGCCACGCACUAUCUACUUAACGAGUGCGACGUUGGUUGUAGUCCCUUCCAAUUUGAUUGCUCAAUGGUACAGAGAAAUUCACAAACACUGUCAAGUUGAGUUACGUGUUCUGCAAAUGCGCACAAAUUCUACAUUCCCACCGGUGAAGUCUCUCGCGUCUGACUACGACAUUGUGUUGAUGACAUAUGAACGUUUCACCGCCGAAGAAAGAUACAAGAAUGUCAACAAAUUGCACACCUCGCGGACUUGCAAAUGUGAAAUCUUCCCCCAUACACAGGCUCGCAUACCAGAUUGCCGCUGCGAAGACCUCCCGGUGUCCCCUCUGCUGCAGAUACGCUGGAAGCGCCUGGUCAUUGACGAAGGCCACGUUUCGUCAAGUCUGAACACCCUGCUUACACCCUUCGUCAAGCUUCUCAGCAUACAGUCAAAAUGGAUCGUAACAGGAACGCCAACGACGAAUCUAUUGGGCCUCAGCUUUGGAUCAUCGUCUAUCAAAGAACAGAAUGACGACACAGACGACGAAUGGAGGCCAUCAAAUUCUCAAGCAAUGGUCAGGCCUGCCGAGGGCUCAAUAUGUUGGACCAAAACGGAUCGGCUAGAUUUGCAGAAGUUUGGUGCCAUGUUGACGCACUUCAUCGGCACCCAGCAGUUUCUAUCAAACACCAACCUCUACAAAGCUUGUGUCAUAGACGCACUUAUGGAUCCAGACGGUCCUCGCCCCACUGCAGUCCAAGUCAUAAACCAACUGAUGACAUCGUUCAUGGUGCGGCACAGGAUAUCAGACAUCGAAACUGAAAUUACUCUCCCACCGUUACGAACUGAUAACAUUCUGCUAGACCUAGAGCCAAUUGCUGCUAAGUCAUAUAAUGCCAUGCAGGCUUCCAUUGUUGUCAAUGCCAUCGAUUCACAGCGUACGGAUCAGGAUUAUCUCUUCCACCCCAGGAAUGCCGCGUCGCUCCAACUCGCAGUAGCGAAUUUGUCGCAAAUCAUGUUCUGGGGUACUUCAGAAGAUCGCUACAACGUUUUUGAGCUUUCUCAAAACGCCGAGCAGCAGGAACAACGAGCGAUUGAACGAGGUAGCAGUCCACAAGAUAUACAACUGCUCCGCGAAGCUCUGUCCCAUGUUAAGGCUGCCGUGGUGGACCAGACAUGGAUUGCCUCGCAGGCGCAUCCCGAAAUUCCCUUCCAAGUCUUGGAUAUGCCGGAAGAUAUAUUUGACGCAUGGACGGACAUUCGACCUGCUUCCGAAGAUCAACCAAGGGCGAAACUUAUGCAUCCAUUGCAUCUGACGAAGCUGAAACAAGCCCUCCUUUCGCGACCACUUGCACCUAUAGAUUGGCUCGUUGAGAUGGGCCAUCAGCUACAUAACACCGAAAUACGUGACUCUGAAAAGAGCAAGAAGCCACCAGGAAACGGCAUUCCCAAUCGAUCACUGCAAACAGCAGCACCGCCUGUACUACUUAGACAAUCACCUCUAUCGAGAACAAAAAUAGGCUGCUCGGCGUCGAGUAAACUCAACUACAUCAUCAAUGAGGUCUUGCAGUACAGCCCGACGGAGAAGUUUCUGAUAUUCUCCCAGUCUCCUCUAACACUGGCACACGUUAAGGAUGCGCUGGAUCUAGUUCACGUUCCAUACGUUCAAUUCACAACUCAAGUCAAUGUUCGUACCCGAGAGGAGCAAGUCGUCACGUUUGAAACAUCUGAAACGCACCGGGUGUUUUUGAUGGAACUACGACAUGGUGCUCGAGGACUGAAUUUGAUAUCAGCCUCUCGCGUCAUAUUCUGUGAGCCCGUGUGGCAGGCUGAUAUUGAGAGUCAGGCUAUAAAGCGUGUUCAUCGUAUCGGUCAGACAAAGCCCGUCCACGUAAAAACGCUUGUAAUCCGCGACUCUGCUGAAGAGUAUAUGAUUGACAGACGGGCGAAGCUUAAAGGCCAGACGAGCAAAAUCCCAAAGAUGCUUGAAGAACAGGGUAUGCGAUACUUCAUCAUGCACCCCAAGUUCAUCAGUACGCCACCCAGCCUUCUAACGAGUAUCACCUUCCCAUUCUUGAAGUUCACGGACGAGUUAUUUGAUGUCCCCGUUGAUUCUGUCACCGACAACGCCCCUUCUACCAGUGCGGAAUCAGAUGGUAGAACACCACUGGACACCCCAGUCGAGAAAAGGCGAAGGCUCAAAUUUGUAGUUUGA